CGACAUCCUAUCGACCGAACAGACUGGACUGUAUCUCUGUUAAAAGUGCUUGUUUUUGGUUUAAUAUCAUAUCAUACCGUAAGUUCUCAUUGAGUUUGUGUGCCACCACAAGUCGAAGGGUCACGGUAUUGUCGCGCUCUUUUUUUAAAAAAUCUAACACGUCGUCCCACAUUUCCAUUGCUCACGAGUAUCCGCCAGACCAUGAAGCUCAGGGCGGCGCCGACGCUUGUCCGCAGAGGACACAAAUUCCAGCACCACUGCUGGACCAGCCGAAGCCAGAGGCAGCUUUCUGGAGUGUCAGCACAGGAGCAGCGGACGAUUCUUCGCUCCGCCUCCACCUCCGUAUCAAGUCGGUACAACGGUACAACAGCCUUGCGUCGAUCUCUCAGCCGGACGGUGACAGCGUCAAGAUGGACGGCGGCCCGGGCCCGUCCGGCAUCAACAUCAACAUCUUCAUUACCACAAGUUCUGGUCAAUGACAUGGCGAACCAAGAAGUUAUCGUCGAUUUCAACGGUACAGCGCUUCGAUACCCGUCGUUCUGGCUACGGGACCACUGUCCGUGCAGCGAGUGCCAGCACCCCAGCACGCACCAGCGGCAGCUGGACACAUUCACCAUCGACCCGGAGAUCAAAGUGUCGAGCGUGCUGUCGACACCGGCGGGCCUUGAAGUGUCAUGGCCGAACCAAGCAUCUUCCUCGACACCCAGCAACAGCAACGACACCCACAAAAGCGUCUAUCCAUGGGAAUGGCUCGAGACACACCCGCCAUUCAUGCAGCCGAGCAAGACACGGCCAUCAGCAACACCGACAACACAACAGCGGGCAUGGCGCCACGUCCCGCCGUCCGCAGCACCAGACAACUUACCACGCGUGCCGUACGACAUGAUCAUGAACACUCAGAGUCCCGAUGGCCUCAAACAAUUCUUGCAAAACAUCCAUACAUACGGCCUAUGUUUCAUGCCCGGCACGCCAGCGACGCCCGAAGCAACACAAUCCCUAAUCGAACGGAUCGCACACAUCCGAGCAACGCACUACGGCGGGUUCUGGGAUUUCACGAGCGAAAUCAACCCCAUCGACACGGCGUACACCAACGACCCGCUGCCGCCGCACACAGAUACAACCUACUUCACCGACCCGGCGGGUCUGCAACUAUUCCAUCUCCUCGAACAUACAUCGGCACAAGACCCUUCACAGCCCGGAAAGGGCGGCGAAUCGACAUUUGUCGAUGGCUUCGCCGCUGCUCAAUACCUGUACAAGCAUUUCCCCAACCACUACCAAGCCCUGUCGAACUACGCCAUCACUUCGGCCGCUCUAGGUUCACCCGCCGGCGAGUUCUUAAACACAAACUCAUCUGUCCUGGGAUAUCCCGUGCUGAACCACAGUUCGCCCACGGGAAAAGUCUCGUCCUCCCCGUCGCCAGCGACUCUGGUCCAGAUCCGCUGGAAUAAUCUCGACCGGCUGGCUCCGUCGAGCCCCAGUUUCCCUAGCCAUACCGCCCUGAAGAACUGGUAUGCUGCCGCCCGAGAGUGGGCCCGUAUCCUCGAGAGCCCCGAGUUCUUGUUGACGGUCAAGUUGCAACCUGGCGAGCCUGUCAUUUUUGACAACUGGCGCGUCUUGCAUGGCCGUCUGGGCUUCGAGGGCAAGAGGAGGGUCUGUGGUGCUUAUACGAGUAUGGACGAUUUUAGAGCGAGAUGCCGCAGUUUGGGAAUAGAGGAGGCGUAACAAUUUCUGCCUACAGAGAACAAGACAACCAGGUUUGCUUUCGACAGUUACAAUCGUCUUUAAGACGACAAAAGAAUAUGGAUAGGAUAUCCUGGCGUCUGUCUGGCAUUACUAUUACCAGCAGCAGCGCCUCAUAGCAUGGAUCAACCACCAGACAUCGCUGGUAUAGCCCUGAAAGUACCACAUGACACGAUGAUAUCCUCACCUUUCGAGAGACAGUCCUUGGAGACAGUCAAUUGACUCAAGCAGUACACACCCACAGAACCACCUAUCUCGAUCAUCGAUCUACGCACAAACUUCAUGACAUGAGCGACAUUCUUAUACUAGCUGACCCCUGCCACCUGCCGGAUCUUUGGAUAUGAUAGUCACGGUAUAUCUAACUCAGUUACCUGGGUAUAAAGUGGACAGAUCAUCCGCCGGAAGGGUUGGGUCGACCCCUGGAAUCAGGAGUCGGAGGCCACGGGAAGCAUUCCCCGGCGUCAAACGUAGAGUGGAAAGCAACAAGUGGACUAGAAUACUUGGUCAAACGAUCGCCUUACAUCUUCUUCGUCGAAUUUGCGAGUAUUAAUGUAUUAGUAAUGGUCUCUGGGAGUAAACUGCCUCUGCCUCCGCUCCAGCUCCAAGUCGACACAUAUCCAGGGCAUUUGGUAGCCCAAGCUGGAUCAUGACUGUUAU